GGUUGGGAGUUGCAUGCUAUUAAGGAGGAACUGGAAACGAAUCGUUAUGUGGUCAAUGAAAAACUGCCGAAGGAAAUUGAAAGCAAAAUGGCUGUUGUUGCUGAUCUGAACAGAGUUACCGACAUUGCAGCUAUCGAUAAGAACGAUAUUGUUGAACUGCAACAAAAAGUAUAA